CACCAUUUUUAUUUCUUUAAUAAUUUCUUGUUAGUUUGCCGCUAUAUUAUACAUUAUUGAGCUUGUGUAGAUCCUUUAGCGUAUAUUCAUAUGUGAAACAAGAAUUUUCAAAUCAUUAUAUGCAGUUAAUUGCCUUAAUACUAAAAUACUUGUUAAGAAUUAUAAAGCUAGAUCGUAAAAUGGCGAAGUCGGCGCCUGUGAACGAUGUUCUUUGUAGCGCCGUGGAAUAUUUAGUGAAGCUUGGUACUAAUCUACGAAGACGUUCUGAGACUCUAAAAGAUAAACGGAUAAAAAAAGAUAAACUAAGAAAUACGCUUGCCGUGCAAAAGGCUGCUAAUAAGGUUUUGCUUUUAUGCGAAUUGUCGAAGAAAUCGAUUGUCACUGUUGAAUCCAGUGUCAACACUAUUUUGUCACAAAUCAAAAUUCUUCAAGGCAGUGCAUAUAGAUAUAGCGGGAACAGUUAUAGUUCAGAUAAUAACUCCAAUUACGAAUAUUUUGAAUAUAACUCUAGGCGGCUAAAAAUUCGACAAAAGUUUAAUUUAAAGCACUAUACUUCUGCCAAAGUAGUAGCAACUACAAUGCCAACUUCUCUAGCUAGCAAAUAUCCAGUGUUUUAUGAUUGUAAAUUAUUAAGAUUGCGAAAGAGAGCUGAAAGAAAUGAAGAAAAUUCUAAAUCCACAAAUUCUGAAACAUUUAAAUCUGUUAAAGUUGUGUGUGAUAGCGUUGUUGUAUGUGGAGAAAAUGAAAAAAGUAAGAUCGCAUAUAGUUAUAGUGAUGAACUAAGUCAAAAUCCUGUAGCUGAUAGGGGAAAAAAAAAACCAACUAAGAGAAACCUAAGUUCAUCUGAAGAUGACUCAGAGAACUGUACAAAAUCAAUUAAUGAAAAUAAUAGAAAAAAGGGUGAAUUGGAAAGAGAGAUUUGUAAAAUUGGUAAGCCAUAUUCUAAUAUAGAAAAUUCUCUCCAGAAUAAACAGGAUUUUUUACAAAAUAAUAGUGGAAAAAACUCUACUGUAAAUGAAAUAAAAAAAAAUAAUGGUACUGACAAUUCUAUCCAGACAUCUAUUAGUGUUGAUGUAAAAGAGUCUUUAAUAAAUAAGACAAAUCGGGAAGAAGAAGAAAAUGAUGACAUUAAGUCUAACGAAGUGCACUUGAAUGAUGAAAGAGAGGAAGACAAUUUUGAAUCUCAGUCAGAAAAUAUUGCAAUUACAAAUAAUUAUGAAAGCGACAGAAGUGAAGACUCAAAUUCUUCUAAAAAAACUUACAUAAAAUGUGUUAACAUUAAUAGGCUGCUAAGACCUGACAAAAUACCAAAAUAUCUGCCACCAGUGGUAAUAGAAAGUGACAGUGAUGACAAUCUUAACAAAUACCCUAAGUCAAAAAGGAAAUCAAAGCAAAAAAAUAUGAAUUCAAGGUGCAAUUUAACAACCUAUACUCAAUUCCAGAAAAAAGAUAUGCAGAAUUUCAAACCAUGCAAAUUUAGUAUACAUAUUAUCAGAUUGCCUAAAUUGACACCUCAGUAUUUAGUAUCCCAAAAUUUAAAAAAAAUUAUCCAAAAUGAAAAAGUUUUAUGUGAAAUAUCCCCAACACUUGUAACAGAUAUAAUAAGUGACCAUAGCCAAAAGUCAAAUGAUGGCAAAGACAAAUUAAAGCCAAAUGAAGACAUCAUAUCAACUAAAACUUCUUUACUCCUUCACUCAGAUUCAGAACUAUCUGAUGAUGACACCAGAAAUGUUAAUGAAACAGUAAAAAAGCAACUUCUUUGUGACUCUGACUCUGAUAAAGAAAACCCAAAAGAAGCUAUACCUAUAAAUGAAACAAUUGGACAAAAUGUAGAUAAGGAUGAGUGUAAUGAAGGCAGAGUUAUAAAAAAGUCAAAAAGCAUAGAUACUGAAAGUAAUAAUAUAGUCCAACAAAAAGAAAGAAAACUCGAUCCACAUAGAAUUUUAUUAACACCAGACAUAACCAAUGAAGAUUGUGAUUUAUUGAAUAAGUUAAAGAAUUCUGUGGACAACAGAGAUAACAAUGAAUGUAUUGUUGAGUCACCAGAGUCAAAACAAAUAAGAAUCCUGGAUAGUAUAACAAAAAAAAAGUUACUAUCUUCUUCAUCAAGUUCAGACACAGAAGAUGAACAGGUUAAAAAAACAUAUGAUAGGAUAAGAGAAGAUUUACUUAAAGACAGUCCAGAAAAAGAAUCGAUAAAUCAUUCAGGAUCAGAAUUAUCAUCCAAAUCAAAUACAAGUGGGAAUAGUGACACCAAAUCAAAGAAACGCAAGUUAACUAAAAUAAGAACAUAUGAAAAUAGAAAUAGCAAGGUUAGGAUUACAUAAACUUACAUUAACUUUUAUACUACACCUGGUCAGAAAAUAUAUCAUAGCUUUUUUCAUCAAAUGGUAGUAGUAGUAAUGUAUAACACGAGCAGGAAAAUGAUAUGUAAAGUCAUUGUUAACAUGGUCUUCUCUUUUUACCUUUGAAUAAGAAAGGAAUGAAUGAGAUUUUGUUUUUAUUCUCAUUGUAGGUGUAGUAUAAAGCACUAUGUAUAUAUCCAAAGUAAGUGUGAUUCCGACUGAGGGUGUAAGUUAAGGCACAUCAUUGUGUGCAUCUAAUUACCACAAUACAGCUGAGCCUACACAACAAUCACUUUUCCUUGAUGUACAAUGUAUUAUAGUGGACUCUUGACAAUUCAUAUAUGUAAUUUAGGUCAGAUUUUAUCCUGUCCUAUCGGUGCUGAUUCCUAAAUUUUAUAUUCUCCUAUAUGUAUUUAAGAAAUAACACUAGGCCAUUUAAAAUUUUGGUAACAGCACAUAGCAGAGGACCAGGGGGCUGAUAUAGGAUUCAUUUAUCUCUAUCUAUAAGAUAAAUAUUGUUACAGAUAGUAAAGUUUUAUUAAAUAGUA